AUGUUCUCGUUGACAACAAUUACCCAUAAAACAUCAGAUACGGCGCAUCCAUGCUUGAUGCUCACAAACAGAGAUGGAUCUCGGUACUUAUUUGGUAAGAUCCCAGAGGGAACACAGAGAGCUUUAAAUGAGAACAGAUUCAAGUUAGGUAAAUUGAAAAGUAUAUUUUUUACAGGAACCGCAUCGACUUGGUCGGAAUUAGGAGGUCUACCUGGAUUGUUUUUGACAAUUAGUGAUGCCACUGGGAAGAAUAUCGAUGUCUUCUCAAGUUCUAAGUUGUUAUCAUACGUAGUAGCUACCUGGAGGUACUUUGUUUUCAGGAAGGGUGUAGAGUUGAAAAUAGUUGAAGUAAAUGAAAAUGAGGUUAUUUCAGAUAGUAACAUUAACGUUACUGCACUUAAAGUUCAAUCUAGUAGAAGUUUAGAUAAGCUUAAAGAAGAUGGCACUGAAAACAAGGAAGUUCCAAUUAUAAUGAAUCGUCUUAGAAAGCUUAUAUCGAGACUUUUCCCUAUGGAUACGUCUGCCGUGAAUUCUGACGAUUUGAAUUCUUACAAAUCUGAUCCAUCCGAAUAUGAUAUGCAUACACAUGUUGAAUUACCAGACCCAAAUAUCAUUUGUAUACCUGAGAAUGAACCUUCCACAAGCUAUCUUGUGGAUUUCGUUCCAAUAAGAGGAAAAUUCAAUUCUAAGUUGGCAAUUGAACUUGGCAUCAAACCUGGCCCGAACUUCAGAAAAUUGACAGAAGGUAUCCCUGUAGAAAACGAGAAGGGAGAAUUAAUUGCGCCAGAUAGAGUCAUGGGUGAAUCCAGAUUCUUCCCAAAGCUACUCGUAUUAGAUAUACCUGAUAUGUCCUACUUACGAAAUACAAUCAAGAAAAUAUCGAAUACCAGCGACAUAUUAUUGGUCUACCAUUUUUUGGCUGACGAUGUUGACUAUGCUAGCGAUGAGUAUAUUAGAUUUAUGCAAUCGUUUGAUUCUAAUUGUAAACACGUUAUAAGUCAUAAAUCAGUUGCUGCUGAUGUCAUUGUGUUUAAGACUUCGGCAAUAAAUAUUUUAAAAUUGAAAGCCUUACAGGCUGAUUGCUUCAAUUUACCUUGUACAUCAAAAACUACAAAGGCUUCAAUAAACAAAGAAUUAACUUUAAAUUGCACUCCUUUACAUCAACUACAGCAAUUUGAAAUUGAACCUAGUGAUGCAGGAUCUAGUUUCACUGUGAAAGAGAUUAAUGGGAAUCUUGAUGGAACCAAAUCUUGGUCUGAUCUUUACGAAGAAAAUGUCGUUCCUUUGAAUGUAAAAAAUAUAUCCAAGGAUGAUACUAUCAACUCUCAGCCUAUACUGUUGGGGCCUAUUGAAGGAACCUUAAAAGACCAAGUUCAAAUUAUGACUUUAGGUACUGGUUCUGCAUUGCCCUCUAUGUUCAGAAAUGUGAUCUCUACCUUGGUUAGAAUACCGUUUGUAGAUGAUGGAGCAGUUAAAUUUAGAUCUAUAUUGUUGGAUGCAGGUGAGAACACAUUAGGAACAAUGGUAAGAAAUUUUGGUCAUAAUAACGAAGAACAAUUGACUCAGGUAUUUAAAGAAAUGGGAAUUAUUUACUUAAGUCACCUACACGCCGAUCAUCAUUUAGGGAUAGUUUCCAUUGUCAAAAAAUGGUUUGAAGUAAAUAACGAUAAUAAGGAAAAGAUUUUAUAUCUAGUCACGCCUUGGCAGUAUAAUAACUUUAUUAGUGAAUGGUUCAAAGUAGAAAGAGACGAUUCAGACUUAGUCGACUUCUCCAGGGUAUCGUACUUAAGCUGUGAAGAUUUCUUAUUGAAUGAGGCCAAAUCUCCAGAGUUUAAGCGUUUCUCAAUGGAGGAGUUUGAAAAAGAAUUUGAUUCCAAUAACCUCAAUAGAAAAAUGCCUAGAGCUCCGCUUCAGCCUACCAAACAUGAGAUUAUCCAACAAUUAAGGAGCGACUACGGAUUGGAGUCAAUAGCCACAUGCAGAGCUAUUCAUUGUCAUUGGGCCUACUCUGUUACCCUUAAUUUCAUUUUAAAGAAGGGAGAGUCGAAUCCAAGUGAACAUUUCAAAGUAUCGUACUCUGGAGACACCAGACCGAAUAUUGAGUUUGCUAAUAUAGGAUAUGGAAGCGAUUUGCUCAUCCACGAGUCGUCGUUGGCGGAAGAUUUGAUUGAGGAGGCAUUAUCUAAGAAGCACUCUACGAUGAUCGAAGCGGUAACCAUGUCUAAAUUAAUGAGAUGCCCCAAGAUUAUAUUGACUCACUUUUCCACAAGAUACUCAAAUAGAGCUGACUUGUCUGUGGAUUCUGAGUCAUUGUACAGACUAGGAAUGACGUUGAAGAAUUACUUGAAUGAACAUGGGCUCAGAAGGAAUAUCAUGUCAUAUGACGAAGAAUUGAAGACAGGAAGUUACCAAAAGAAUUCCGAUGCCCUUCUGUAUUCCGACUUGGAUAUUUGCUAUGCAUUUGAUAUGAUGACCAUUAGGUAUAAGAGCUUGCAACUGAGCAAAUUCAAUUACAAUGAAAUGCUUCAAAUGUUCGAAUCUGAAGCAUUGGAGAAAAACUCUGGUGAUGCCCAGACGGUAGAGUUGAAGAGAAUGAAACAGUUAGAAAGACAUAGGGAGAAGACAGAAGCCAAAAGAGAUAAGCGUUUAGGGAAAAAGAAACGCAGAACCAGUGACGAUGAGUCAAGCUCAUAG